UUUAAACCUAAAUGUACGAUUUCUUUAAAAAUAUCAGCUGCACAAAAAAUGAGGUAAUAUGUUACUGCCCCCAACAUCAUCUUACAUGAAGAACAGAGCCAGUACAACAAUAUAUAAUGAUAUAUAGUGUCAUGAAACACUUCCCAAGAUUCAAUGGAGUGAUCAGUGAAGAUGAGGUCAGUCGACGACAAGGGUUGCGUGAAUCCUGUGUCAACUCAUGAACUUUCCGGCGCCGGCGGUGGUGGUGGUCAUCGCCACCGUACAGCUCUAGGCAAACCGACACCAUCAAAAUGGGACGAUGCCCAGAAAUGGUUAGUCAAGUUAUCUAGAGGCGGAGACAAGGCUCACUCAAACCACGCGCCACCACGUAACUCAAACGCAGAUGAUAGAAGAUUAAUAGCACCUGUUCCUAAAAAAGAGUACCCAAGUAGCGAAGAGGAAGGAGGUGAUGGAGGAAUCGAAACAAAAAAAAUGGAUCAUGAUGAUUCAUUGUGGAGAUCUAAUGAGAACCCUGGGACAAUAGUUAGAUCGAUUUGUGUUAGAGAUAUGGGAACCGAAAUGACUCCUAUGGUUAGCCAGGAGCCUUCAAGAACCGCUACACCGGUUCGAGCCAUGAGCCCUGUAGCCUCUGGGUCUUCGACUCCGGUUAGACCAAAUGGUGCUGAUGUUGGUGGGCCCACAAGAUUUGGGCGAGAAAGGGUCGACCCAAAUAAUGCUGAGAAUGUGGCUGAAAACAAGCUUAAUCCUCUUGAAAACCGAGCAAUGGCUUGGGAUGAAGCAGAACGUGCAAAGUACAUGGCAAGAUACAAACGCGAAGAAGUGAAGAUACAGGCAUGGGAGAAUCACGAAAAGCGGAAAGCCGAAAUGGAAAUGAAAAGAAUGGAGGCCAAGGCAGAAAGAUUGAAAUCCCGAGCACAAGAGAAGUAUACGAACAAACUUGCAUCAACGAGGAGGAUUGCUGAAGAGAAAAGAGCGAAAGCGGAGGUGAAUUUGAAUGAACAGGCAGUGAAAACUUCUGAAAGAGCAGAUUACAUAAGAAGAACAGGGCACCUGCCUUCUUCUUUCUCAAUUAAGCUGCCUUCUAGCUGUUUUUUGCAUAAGUUUCAGUGUAUUUAG